AUGGAGUCGGCGGGAGGAUCCGACGGCGGAGGCGAGGGAGGGUUUUUGGGCAGCGGCGAGGAAGGGGCUUGGAGUGAGAUGCUGCGGCCGGGGAUGGAAUCCAUGGAAAAAUAUUACAGGGAUAUGACCACAAUGUACCUAGGCGACGGGCAUUGGCUUUCCAAUUAUGCCAAGUUCUUGAAGGAGACCAGCGGCGACUCUGCCAGGGCGGAGGAGUGUUGUGAGCGAGCCAUCCUGGUGACGUCGGCGACGUCGGCGUCCUGUCCAUGUACGAUGACCUCAUCUGGAACAACAACAGGGACGGCGACCGUGCUAACACCUACUUCAAUCAGGCCGUCAAGUCUUCCCGCAGCGACUGCCAUGUGGUAG